AUGGUUUUUGGUCCCUUAUCAUUUGGCAGCAUUCCCAAGCACGAUGCAGAUGGUGGCACCUUGAGCAUUUCUGAGCCUGAUCGACGCAUCGACCACCUCAUGGCAGUUUUCAACCUCACCCACCCAGAAGCUUCAGAAUUCAUCUUAAUGGGCAUCCCUGGCUUGGAAGCUGCUCACAUCUGGAUUUCCAUCCCUUUCACUACUUUCUAUAUUAUGGGCCUGUUGGGAAAUUUCACGCUUCUGUUUGUUAUAGGCAAGGAGCAGACCCUGCACAAGCCGAUGUACCUGCUGCUCUCCAUGCUGGCGCUCACAGAAAUUGGCACGUCUACUUCCGUCGUGCCAAAGGUGCUGUGCAUAUUUUGGUUCAAUUUGAAAGAUAUUACUGUGGGUGGCUGUCUCACCCAAAUGUUCUUCCUUCAUGCGGGUACUGUUAUGCAUUCAGCCGUCCUUGUAACAAUGGCCUUUGAUCGCUAUGUUGCCAUAUGUUACCCUCUGAGAUAUGCCACGAUCGUCACCAACACACGAAUAGCUAAGCUAGGGCUAGUGGGUUUGCUAAGAGCUUUUCUCUUAAUUCUGCCCUUGCCCCUGCUUCUGAGCAGGCAGCCAUUCUGUGCCAACCACAUUAUUGCCCAUACGUACUGCGACCACAUGGCUGUGGCAAAGUUGUCGUGUGGGGACAUCACAGUCAACAGGAUGUACGGUUUGGUAAUAGUAUUUGUAGUCAUCAUGUUAGACCUGACGCUUAUUGCCCUGUCCUAUGGUCUGAUCAUAAGGGCUGUCCUCAGAGUAUCCUCCAAGAAAGCGCACCAGAAAGCUUUCAGCACCUGCACAGCCCACAUCAGUGUGAUGAUGAUGUCUUAUCCUUCCUCCCUCUUGUCCACUCUGACAUAUCGAUUUGGUCAGGGAAUUCCUCCCCAUGUUCACAUCAUCUUGGUCAACAUGUAUUACCUUCUCCUCCCCAUGCUCAACCCUAUCAUUUAUGGGGCCAAAACUGUAGAGCUUCGUGAGAAAUUGCUUAAAUACACUUGCAGAAUGUGA